UGUUGGUUCAGCUGUUCAUAAGUUCAAUAGAUUAAUUUUCAUGAGGUUAUUAUAAAAAGACCACACACGGACUGACAGCAUUUCGUUACACCUUAACAUGGCUUCAACACUUCUGGUCUUCCUAAGCAUUUGGGCAACACAGGCCCACGCCUCAAUACUGAAGACACAAUCCUUCAGGCGUUCGUCUGCAUCUGUCCGUCUGGAGGUGGAGCCUCACCAUGUCUAUGUGGAAGCAUUUGACCAGCAACACCACCUUCGCCUGCAGCCGACCUACUCACCUUUCCUUGAUAGAUUCAGGCUACAAACGACAUCCAGAGACAAACAUGGGAAUCUCAUUCUUGAAGAUAUUGAAAACAGAGAUGACAUGUACCAAUUCUAUGAAGAUCCUGAGGCUGGUAGCAUGGUGUAUCUAACAGCAGCUGGUUUGGAGGGGCUCAUCUCACCCUCACUGGCACUGAAGAUCACUGAUAACGGGCAGCAUGAGGCAGUGCACCAACACUUCAAGACUCAGCUGAGGGAUGAUACAAACGACUACUUGGAGAUACCUCAGGAAACAAGUAGCUACCAUCAAUCUUCUGCCAUCAGCCCAGGAGUGACCACUGCCACCGUCGAAAUGUACAUCAUUGUGGACAGUGCUCUGGCAGCUAAGUUAGGAUCCAAUGAGAAGGUUAAACAAUAUCUUGGGGUGUUCUGGAAUGCUGUCAACCUGAGAUUUGCCACCAUCACAGAUCCUCAGAUCAAGCUGGUCCUGGUUGGCGCCCUAGUUGUCCGCGACCCUUCUGACGAAACCUACAUCACUGAAAACAUUCUAACUGAAAACUACAUCAGCGGCAAGAAGACGCUUUUCUCAUUGGGCAACUGGUUGUUUGAGCAGAAAAGGUCACUGCCACCUCAUGACAUGGUGUACCUGAUGACGGGUAAGGACUUGGUUAGUGAGAAGAAUGGUGUGAUUCAGAAAGGCCUGGCAGGCAUUGCUUGGAGAGGCACCGCCUGCGUCCUCAGACCAGCUGUCAAGCGCUCAUUCAACGUUGCUAUAGGUGAGGACUUCUCUUAUUACUCAGGUGUGAUGACAGCUGUUCAUGAGGUGGCACACAACCUGGGCUCCCCUCAUGAUGGUAAAGGAGGCUCCAAGAAAUGCUCUUGGGAUGACGGUUAUAUCAUGAGUUAUGUACAAGAUGGUUCAAACAAAUUGUUCUUUUCUUCCUGUUCAAAAAUAAUGAUGAAGAAAUUUAUCUCGGGAAAGAAAGCCUCCUGCCUCCGCACCACCUCAGGUACUGAUCAAAUUGCACUGUCCCCAACAUUGCCUGGGGAGGACUUGAGCAUGGACCAGCAGUGCCAGGCAGCCACAGGACAAAGCAAGGCUUAUGCUUCCAAGCGUGUAUCAGAUGAUUCACUCUGCGUCCAUUUGGGUCAUCAUAGGGGGACAUGA